AUGGCUCCGGACAAACGAAGAAACGGUUCAGCUAGCAAAGCUCAACAGUCAACCAAUGGAAUAGCUCAGAAGAAGGCCUCCAUGAAGCAGAAGACGCUCUUUGAUUCUUUCUUGAAGAAGGGUUCACCCUCAUCGUCGCAGAGUGCUGAGGGAAAUACACAACCUGCUUCACAAGAGGCAUCAACCCCAGCAAUUUUCCCGCUUGCUGAAUCUAAUUCAACCAACUCAUCUGUUGGAAAUAGGUCGUCAUCAUCUUCAGGAAUUACGGAACUAGUUGCAAAGACGGCCAACAAUUCCUCCGACAUUGACGGGGACCGACUGAGGCAUAGUCGGAGUCCAUCUCUUGUCAUUUUAACAGAUAUGGUAGUUGCGCCAUCUGUCGAUUUGGUUCAAGGCGACGAUGUCGCUUUAAGUCCUCAAAGAAGUGUUCAGUCACAGGGACUAACGAAGGAUGCACCAAUAAUUAUCCCCUCUUCGCCAAUUCCUUCUGGGGUGCCCUCAAAUCCCAACAAACCCAUUCACCCGUUCUUCGCCUCAAGAGCAAAGCCCAAGGCCGAACUCGCUCCUACUUCCAUCCCAGCCACCCCUACUAUCCCUACCAACAAAUCUGCGGCUCCUUCAAACUAUCUUCCACCAUAUCCAGACAUUAUUUCUCAACACGUCAAGGGGUCACAGACCACUCUCGAACUAUCUGCGAGACCACUGCCUCCUCGACUCACCAAACCACCCAUGAUCGAACCUCAUGAGGCCCACAAUUAUAAAUUCUUGCAACGCAGUAACAAUAUCGAGACAGUCGACAACUUCACAUCUCCAUCACUCGACGACCCCAACCCAACCCACUCCUGCGAGAUACCGCCAGCCCACAAACUUACUCAUCCAGCGAUUGCGCGGCUUGCGGAUGUCGUCUCAGACGACAUCCCUGUCUCUCAACGGCCAUGGACAGAGAAAUGGCGUCCUACAUGCGCACAAGAGGUUCUGGGAAACGAGCAAAGUGCUCUGUACCUUCGCGACUGGCUCCGUGCUCUCGAGCUACAGUUUGAAGAAAACCAGCCACCACCCGCUAAGGAUGAUCAACAGACCUCAGCACCGAAAGGCAAGCGCAAGCCAGAUACCAAGGGUACCAAGCGUCCUCGAGUGGUACGGGUUGUUGAUAAGUCCAGAAGACGAAAGAGAGCUCGUCUUGACUCUGACGAAGAGGACGAUUGGAUUGUCUAUACCGACGAAGAAACCGAGGAGGAAGUAUUUCAGGAGUCAGAAUCGGAUGAUUUCGACGAUAUCCGUCAACUGCCAUCGAGCUCUCCCUCCUCGUCUGUGCCAGAUAUUCUUCCAGCCAUCCCAGAAAGCCAGCUGCAGGGUUUGGAUCAACCUCAGGAUUUCGGUCAACUCCACAAUACAAUCCUCUUGGUCGGACCUUGUGGAAGCGGCAAAACGGCAAGCGUCUAUGCUUGUGCAGAAGAGCUAGGGUGGGACGUAUUUGAAGUCUAUCCUGGUAUUGGUCGACGGAAUGGCGCCAACGUCGAUAAUCUCAUUGGCGAGGUUGGCAAAAACCAUCUGGUCCUCCAGAACCGUGGCCAAGCCAGCGACGUCAUGAAGUCUUUUCUUAGGCGAAAAGGGAAGUUUGCGGACGAGGAAGGGCCUUCUUCAAGCAGUUUCCUACCAUCAUACUCCCCUCGUAAGAAGGUAGCUUCUCCUGAGACCGGCGACACAGCCGACGCCACCCCAGUCAAGCCUGUCCGACAGUCAUUGGUCUUGCUCGAAGAGGUUGACAUCCUCUUCAAGGAAGAUUCAAAUUUCUGGACAACUGUCACUCGUAUUAUCAAGGAAUGUAAGCGGCCAGUCAUUUGCUCGUGCAACGAUAUUUCACUUGUACCCCUUGAAGACCUACCCUUGCAAACAGUCCUUUGGUUCACACCUUGCCCCCCCGACGCGGCGGUGUCGUAUCUUCAAGCGUUGUGUUCCGCUGAAGGUCAUUCAAUCAACCGGACCACUCUUUCUCAACUUCAGAGGGAUCUUCAACCUGUCAGCAGCGAUCUGUCAGAAGGCUCUUCGCAUGGACGCCUUGAACCUGAUCUGCGGCGAACUAUAAACUCAUUGCAAGUUGCGUGUCGCAGUAUGAACGGAGGCGUUCCGGAAAUUGGACAAGAGAGGGGCCUUCAUCCUGAGCCGAAUUCUACCCGGGAUCGGAGUGCACUUCGGGAUGUUAAUGAAACCCCGCGAGCGUCCAUGAGGCGCAGCGAGCUGAUGUCAUAUCUCGAUGGCGAUUUCGCUCAGGGCUUUUUUCAGCUCCUCGUGGCGGCAGAUCUGACGAGCCAUGCUCCAUCGGACGACGAUGAGAACGGACACGCCAUCCUCCGUGUUCUGCAGGGCAAGGAGGCAGCGUUUGGGACGCUCGAUCAACACGAAGACAUAAUAUCGAGUGCCAUCCAACUUGCACGUGGGCUAUUUCAUGUGGAUGUCAGUCGAGAUGAAGAGGAGGCCGAAAGGAGCGCAGAACAGCGGUGUAGAAUCCAGCGGGAGCAGAGAGCUGUGCUGGCGGAAGUAUGCCCGAAGGCAACCUGGACGAGACGCGAUGGAUCCCUUGCACUUGACUACUUGCCGAUCUUGCGACAGAUAGUGGAGGUUGAAGAUAUGGAGCAACGGGAAGUGGCGAAUCGGGCCCGAGGCGGAAGAUUGACACGGAACAGCAUGCGCAGUAGCUCUAGGCGUGUGUUUGAGGUGACGGAUGCGUGGCGGGAAGCGCUCCUGGGUCAUGGGCUUAGCGUGGACGAGGGAGCGUGA